GCUAAGGGCAAGGCUAAGACGGGCCACAGCAAGACUAUGCACAAGUCUAUUGCUGCCAAAGAAGAUGGCGAAGAGGAGGAGGAGGAAGGUACUCCUGAGGGAGAGGAAGGUCAAGGGAAUCAGUUACCUGGUGCUAAUACACCUUCGACAACGACACCCAACAAUAGUACCAACACCACCGCUCCCACAACCCAACCUAGUACCCCGCCAAUCAAUAUUGUAGUAAACUCGGCCAAUCCUCCCCCGACUGACCCAAACAGCAACGGGACUCAAGUUCCACCACACACUGCCAACAUGAGCCCUCAAGCCAACUACACUAGCCAAGUUCUUAGCAUCAACCAGGCUCUUGCUGCCGCGACCCAAUCUUUGUCGAGCGCAGGCAACUCGUUGGCGUCUGCUCUAAGCGUCAUUGCCCAAGCCAUCAACAACAUCAACUCGGCCACACAGGGCUUACUUCCAAGUCUCAACAUCACGACCACCACGCCUCCACUCGUUGCAAAUUUGGCUCAAAACAAUGGCACAAAUAGCACCGUCCCGUGCCCUGAUCCAAAUAACCCAGGAGCCAAGAAUGGCACGACACCUGAUGCCAACACUCCACCAGCAGACAAUGGAAACGGCUCGACACCUCCACCAGAAGGUCAACAGGAUCAAUCACAGAGCCAAGGAAGCGGAAA